UAACCAGUCCUUGAAUACUUCACCAGUCUUAAUUCUCAACAGAGGAGAUAACCAAGCAAAGCUUCCUAAAUAACAAAAGCUUCUUCAUAGUUUGGUCAGCAUUAAUUGUUAGGACUGAUCCUAUUUAUAAACAUUGAAAUCAUCUAAUGAAUCUGUUCUCAUUUUUUCCACUCAAGCAUCAGCAAGCAGCAGCAGUCUGAUUCCAAUGCCCAAACUCGAUCCUUAUCCGACCUCACCAUGGAAUUCUGAGUCUCAAUAUGGAGGAAACAAUCACUGCCACUCGCCAUCAAACGCCACACCUUCUACAUGUUGGGGGAAGACUGUAGGGCCAUUCAGAAACCGUAAGAGCUAUGAUAUUAGCACUCAAGAAAGUAUACAUCAGUUGACUCAAAAAGCAGAGGCUACAUACUACGAUGAGCGUUCUGAUUCAUACUACCGUGGAAUAUUGGAGUUGGAGUCUGUGAUUAAUCUUAGACGCAAAUCCACAGGGUGUAGUAGUCCCGGAAGGGAUAGCCAUUACACAGCUACAAUUGCAACUUCUGGGGCAACUAGUCUCUUCCUUAGAAUAUGGGGCCAUUCUUGCUUCCACAGUAGAGAAAGUUUAUUUCCUUCCUCAAUUGGUCAGAAGCCCUUACGAAGGAGAGAAUCAGCAGAACCAUCAUUAACAAACGAGAAGAAGAAGCUGGAUGUCGAUUUGAUGAAAGACCAUACGUCCGCAAACGAGAAGUCACUGAAAGAGAAAGCACCAGCUGUAGUUGAACAGAUACCAACUAUGAUGAUUUUUAAGGAAAAAGUGGGGCAAAAAUUCAAAUGGGCGGAUAAAUAUCAACCGAGGACUCUGACCGACUUCAUCUGCCAUCGGGACAAAGCCCACAUGCUUCGUUGUUUGGUGAGAAGCGGACAAUCUGAUCACUUCAUAUUUGAAGGAUCUCCAGGAGUAGGAAAGAGAACCAUGGCCAGGGCAUUGCUUGGAGAAGUGUUUGGAACUCACAGACUAGAAACAACGGAGGCACUCAAGGAUUUCAACUUGGAGGAAGGUCCAAGUUCCAGCAUCCAAAUAAAUGUGAAAAUAUCGGCACACCACAUAGAGGUCAAUCUAUCAGAGUUACAAGAACUCGAUGCAGCACAUGUUGUCAUGGAACUGAUUAAGGAGUCAUCUGCAAUCGCAUUGAACCAAAAGCAGUCGCAGUGUGACAACACAAGUAGCAAUCGAGCAAUUAUUCUCUGUGGGGCUGAGAAACUGUCUGAGGGUGAUCAACUCCUUAUCAGAGACCAUCUACAGACUUAUAGAGGCCAUUUCAAGGUCUACUUCUGCUAUUCUGGGACUUCAAUGCUUCAACAUCUCAAGUCCCUUUGCACUGUUAUUCAAAUUCCAACACCAUCCAAGGAGGAGAUAGUUGAAGUGUUGGAGUUCAUUGCUAAACAUGAAGCAAUAGAGUUGCCUCCCAGAUUGGCUGAGAAUAUGGCAGAGAAGGCCAAGCAUAGCGUUCGACAAGCUAUACGCUCCUUUGAGGCCACUUGGAAAUUGAAGUAAGAAAAUCAAGUGGCAAAUACGAA